CCUUGUAUAACUUGUUUACUCCCAGCCAACCCAGCCCCGCCGGUGUGACAUGUGUUGCCCCGCCAGCUGACGUGACCAUCGUAAACAACACAUAUUGUACCUCUCAAAAUGGAAAUGGCUGAGAAGUUAAGCUUGCUGGGGUUGUCAGAGGGCAAGGUGAAGGAGACUAUGAAGAAUGAGUCGCUCACGGCGGUGCUGGCUACCAUUACUGACCAGGCUUGUGGUAGAGGUGAGCUGAACAAGAAGGUUGGGAACUUACUGUACAACUUGGGCACCAAACUUCCACGCCAGUUCCACACUCAUCUCCCAUUCCUGGUUAACUAUGUGGCUGAUGGUCUCAUUAACCAAGAGGCCAAACUCACAGCGGCAAUUAAAUUCAUACAGGAUCAUGCCAUGGGGGAAGUAAACAAGGCUGAUUUUGAGAAGGCAUGUGGCGUGAACGUAGAGGUGACCCAGGAUGAGAUUGAGGCGGCUGUGGAGCUUUUAAUUACCAAACACAAAGACACCAUUCUGAAACAGAGGUAUAAGUACAAUACUGGACUUCUAAUGGGCCAGGUUCGGUCGUCCCUCCCGUGGGCUGACAGUCGCAAAGUGAAGGAAGAAAUUGACUUGCAGAUUGUGACGCUUCUGGGUCCCAAGAGAGAAGAAGAUUUAGUCAAUCCGGCCAAAGUAAAAAAUGAGAAGAAAGAGAAGAAAGUUGAGGUGAAGUCAUCGACUGCAGUGGAACAGCCAGCCGAGAAACAGUCAAAGACCAUGGCGGAGUUGCUGAAGACGGUAAACUUUCACGCUCCCGGGGAGAACCACAAGACAGAAGGUUACGUUUUAACGGACAACACUCACCGAAUCUUAAAGGAACACCUCAGUAUCACAGGUGGACAGGUACGCACCCGUUUCCCUCCAGAGCCUAAUGGGAUUCUUCAUAUUGGUCACGCAAAAGCCAUCAACAUUAACUUUGGGUAUGCGGCAGCCAACAAUGGAGUUUGUUUCCUCCGUUACGAUGACACCAACCCAGAGAAGGAAGAAGAGAAGUUCUUUGUGGGGAUCAGGGAAAUGGUUGAGUGGCUUGGUUACAAGCCGCACAAGAUCACUCAUUCAUCUGAUAACUUUCAACAGUUAUACGAGUGGGCCAUUGUGCUUAUCAAGAAAGGUAUGGCAUUUGUUUGUCACCAGAAGCCAGAAGAGGUUCGAGGACACGAUGCUCCGCCCUCACCGUGGAGGGACCGACCUGCUCAUGAAUCUCUUCAGUUGUUUGAGGAUAUGAAACACGGCAAAUUUAACGAAGGUGAGGCAACAUUACGACUCAAAGUGACUCUGGAAGAAGGGAAGGCCGAUCCCGUUGCUUACCGUAUCAAGUUUGUACCACACCACCGCACAGGGGACGAGUGGUGCAUAUAUCCUACCUACGAUUACACUCACUGUCUCUGCGACUCCAUUGAAAAUAUCACACACUCUCUUUGUACAAAAGAAUUCCAGGCAAGACGAUCAUCUUACUAUUGGCUGUGUAAUGCUCUGGACAUUUAUUGCCCCGUGCAGUGGGAGUACGGACGCUUAAACAUGCACUACACUGUUGUCUCCAAACGAAAAAUUGCCAAGCUCAUAUCAGAAGGCCAUGUGCGAGACUGGGACGAUCCCCGGCUCUUUACCCUGACAGCUCUCCGUCGUCGAGGAUUCCCUUCGGAGUCAAUCAAUAACUUCUGUGCAACUCUAGGGCUAACUGGCGCUCAAAUAACUAUCCACCCUGAUGCUCUCGAGGCCUGUGUGCGUGAUGUUCUAAAUGUUACUGCUCAGAGAGCUAUGGUUGUUCUGGAUCCACUGAGAGUAGUCAUUACCAACUUCCCAAAAGAUGGACCCAUUACCAUAACUGUACCAAAUAUCCCAGGCAAUGAUGCUAAAGGCACCCAUUCAGUCAUUUUUGACAGGGAACUUUGGAUUGAACGGUCAGAUUUCCGAGAGAAGGAAGAAAAAGGCUACAGAAGAUUAACCCCAGAGCAGACUGUUGGACUACGACAUUGUGGUUACAUUAUCAGAGUGGAGGAGGCGGUGAAGGGAACAUCUGGUGGAGUAGAUCACCUCAAAGUCACAUGCGAACCAGCCACAGAAACAAACAAACCAAAAGCAUUCAUUCACUGGGUGGCUCAUCCUGUCAGGUGUGAAGUGCGCCAAUAUGAACGAUUAUUUAAACACGAGUCUCCAGAAGACCCAUCGGUGGUUCCUGGUGGGUUUCUUACUGACAUCAACCCAGACUCACUGAAUAUCUCGGUGGGACUAGCAGACAUAUCUGUUAAAUGUGCAAAGGUGUACGACAAGUUCCAGUUUGAGCGCAUGGGCUUCUUUUCUGUAGACCCGGACACCACUCCAGAAUAUAUGGUCUUUAAUAAAACUGUGGGCUUAAAGGAAGAUAAAGGUAAAAAUUAACAUUGUUUAAUAUACUGUAUUAUUAUGAACUCAAUAAUAAGUUGUUACCGUCAGAGGCUGUGUUAUCCCUCAAUUAUUCCCUUUUUUAUGAUUUAUGUAUGUGAUUGAAGAUGCACAAUGCUAAUAGGAUUUUGUAAAUGCAUUUCACAAGCUGUCUUCAGGUCUUACCAGUUAAGAAGGAGAGUUAAGGGUACCAGUUUUAAUGUGAUGAAUAAAUGCCAACACACAUCAUUUACCUUUUAAUAUAUACAGUAUAUGAAUUGGAAAGUACAUAAUGUAUACAAAUGUUAAUAAUAAUUGGCAAGGUAUAUUAUGAACUAGAUAGUAUUGAAGAGACUGUUGAGAAAUGGAAGGAUGUUAUAGUAAAAGGGCUUGAAUCUGACGAAGCAUAAGUGUUGACAAGUGGCGUGUGUGAGGGAAUGUUAGGGGAAAAAUGGCCAUAUGCUGUCUGUAUUGAGAGUAUUAGUGAAGUUCUGUAUAGAUGUAGACCGAGAUGAUUUGAGGAUGCAGACAGAAUAGAGGGGGCCAUUUGCUUCAAGAGGUGCAUUAGCAUCAGUGUGGAGGGAAGGAGAGCCAGGGGCAGGGCAAAAAUGACAUAAGAAAUUAUCUUGGUUAAGAACCUAACGAAAGAGACUGUGCAUCAGGUAAUUGCAGCUAACCGAAUGCAAACAUGGAAAAUGGCCAUAAAACAUUAAUGUAUCGUUGAAUGUACUGCAGCUCUUUCAGAAGCAUUCUAAAUCCUCAAUUGGAUUGUCAACCAGAUUCCUCUACAGUUACGAUAUACCCUGUAGUUUGAGAUAGGUCAGCCCCUCCCUCUCCCCCCUUUAACUUUCCUUCAAAAAUGCGGUGUUACAACACUGGUACCGAGACAGCAAAUUCAAGAAUUGAUUUUUGUUAGUAAAUUUGGGAUCUUUUGAUAAUUUUUAUUUAUUAAUUUUUUCAUGGGAGGAGAGAAAUUUCUGAGGAUGUUAAAGAUUUCAUAGGAACAUUUGAAGACUUCCAGUUGGACGAUUAGAAAAAAUGUAAUGGAUCUUUAUAUAUCUACUUAUGAACAGCUUAGGUUGUACACUACUGAAGUGGUAUAAUUAUUUUAGUUCAUGUAGGCAAUAUUUAUAAUGUGAUAAGUUGCAACAACCUUGUAUGGGUAUUUCCACUUGUUGCCUCGACCCCUCCCUGUCACUCUGUACACUUACCUAGUGCCACUAUCCCAUAAAAUCCUACACACACACACACAUUCUCUGCAAGGUUUUUGUUCCCCUUAAGCCAUCCCGCACAAGAAUAGGAGAAAAGAUUAUAGGUAACCAAUUUGCAUCUUUCCAAAUUAUAGCUUCGGUAUUAAUCUGUUCCUGUAAACCAUUUCUGUCCUUUACAACAGGGUGUCCAAUAUAGAUCUUGUUAACACUGUGAUUUAAUAGUUAGAAAUGUAGCUAAAAUCAGUUGUAUCGUGUAGAAUAUAUCCUUGGUGCCUUCCUAGAAUGAUUUUGUUUUUUGUAUAAAUUUCAUUGUAUAAAUAUAUGAUCCACAACUGUAUACAAGUGUAAUAUUGUAUUGGAGUAAAUGAAUGUUUUUGAAACCAUCUCUUUAUUAUUAUUAAACAUAUUGGUAUGACUUGCAUGUGUUUAAUGGAGCCUGCAACCUUAUGUAUCUGUAAUGCAGUUAAUGCUGUAAACAUUAUCUUUCAAUUAGUGUCCAGUAGACCCAGAUUACCUCUCUUGCUCCAGAAUAUCCAGUAAACUUUUUUCUGUUACAUGGCUAGUACCUUUGAUUGAUCCAUUGGUUUACAUCUCAUCCAUUCUUGCCUCUAUCAGUCUGCAUGUUUAUAUUCCCAACCACCUCAGGCAUCGUAGUAAUAAUGUUGCUGAUGAUCUUUAUUAUAUUUUCUGUUUUGUAUAGACAUUAAUUUCACUGGAUUAUUUGGAAAUUGUCUUGGCCUUUUACUGCUGGCCCAAGCUGAGCAAGGUUUGGAACAGUGUCCAUUUUUUGCUAUCCUUCAGGGUGACACGGAUCAAAUGCAACAGAUUCCCUUCUCCUUUGAUAUUGGCUGUAAAAGAUGUGUUCUACCAAUUCAAUAUUCUAUCUUUUUAGUUGCAUCAGUCAGUUGUGUUAAUGUCGAUCUUAGCUGACUUUAGAGAUUAAUUUUGACAAGGUACUAAUGAUACAGCUGAUAAAUUCUUGGUGAUUCUUGUACCGUCAGCCACUUCCUACACAUUAGUAUUCCUCAUGUUUACCUUAGUCCUCAACCAAUCAGUUCCCCCAUAUUCACCUCAUAAAAUACUUGUUCACCAGAUAUCAACCAUUCCAUUUUUAAAGGUCCAUGUACCAUGAGCAAACAAUAUUGUAGACCAUGACAAACUCCCCAGCAAAGCUUUUUCUUGCCUUUUAAAAAUAUUUCUGCUAAAUACCUAACUCCUACUUCACCAUUGUUGGUGAAAGUGCUUCCACUUCAUCUUCCGUCCAUUGCACCACUCAUCCUUUAUCACCUUUGCCUUUAAUCAUUUAGAAUACAAGAAGCACGGCCUUUUAAUCUCAGUGUACUUACCCAACUGUUAUUAGGAGUAAUCACUGUUCUUAAUGGCUCCUUGUCAUAAUAUUCUGCCCUGAUAUAUCUUCACCACACAUGCAUGAGGAAUGUUUUCUUCAGAAUUUCAUUUCAUCUUCACCCGAAUUAUGUCCCAUUUUCUCUCUGCAGUGAUUUUGAUGAUCUGCUUUUCCCUUCCUGGUUAUAGCACAGUAUGGUUAUGUCUGUCUGUCUGUAUGUUUGUUAGUACUUGUGGUUUGUUGUCCUUCUUGGUCUCUGAAAAAAAAAUCAUCAGCAUUAAUUAUGAUGAUUUAACAGAUUUUAGUUAAGGAAAAUCUGUUUAGGUUAUUAGAGAAAUGUAAGGUUGCUGAAAUUAAAUUAAAGUAGCUAAGUGAAGCAGAUUUAUUUACUUCAUUUUAAAAGAUAUAGUUUAUGUGUUAAGCAUGUGAGUAGCUAAGGCAGGUUACAGUAAUAACCCCCCCACCCUCCCCCUCACAAUUAUCCAAAAAUUAUACUGCCAGUUUUAUAGUGUUAAGUAUUGUAUAGACUGUAGUGGUUCUUUGUAAUGUACAGUACUGAUCAGGAGUUGCCGAUGAAAGUUUCAAGAUUACUAGAUGACAGUACUUUUAUAUUUCAGUUUGUCUUGAUAUUAAAUUAUUUCUGCAAGA